AUGGCGCUGCCUCUUCCCACCAUUCAGUCUGUCGCGGACUGCGCCUCUUUCAACCACACUGUGCUCCCUUUCCUUUCGCAGCUAGCCACUCUUCCUGAAAGGCUCCAGGUGGCAGCGGCAACCAAGGAUGUGAACAUCCUGAAGGAUAUCUAUCUCUCAACCAACCCCUUUAUCUCAGCGCUUGGGCUCUCUCUAGCGUUGUCGGCAUUCUUUCUCGCCUUCUCGGAGAUCAACCGAAACUACUCGCAGGUCGAUCGAUUCUGGAGUCUCCUACCAGCCCUAUACAAUGUACACUUUGCCAUCUGGGCGCGCAUGACAGGUCUCCGUACUCUGAGCUUGGAUACUAUUGCCGUAAUUUCAGUGAUGUGGGGUGCUCGCCUAACCUUCAACUUCUGGCGCAAGGGAGGGUACUCCAUUGGCUCAGAAGAUUACCGCUGGCAGAUUAUACGCUCCAAGAUCAACAACUGUUUUCUGUCCUUCGUUUUCAACGUCGUUUUCAUCAGUCUGACGCAGUCACUGUUGCUCCUGCUAAUCACGGCCCCAACAUACAACUUCCUGCUUCUUUCGCGCCUCCCCGACAUGAGGUCAUUCGAACUCCCGGAUCUGGUCUUCUCGCGGGUUACCUUCUUCUUCCUCAUUAUCGAAUACUUUGCCGACCAACAACAAUGGCAGUUCCAACGCGCGAAGCGAGAGUACCAGGAAACAGCACGCAUCCCUGAGCCGUACAAGGGACAGUUCACCCCCGAGGACCUGGAGCGAGGAUUUGUGGUCAGCGGACUAUGGUCGUUGUCUCGCCAUCCCAACUUUGCAGCAGAGCAGGCUAUCUGGCUCACCUUGUAUCUGUGGAACUGCUACCGCAUGGAGACCUACGUCCAGUGGACCGGCAUUGGUAUCCUGGGCUUAUUGCUCAUCUUCCAGGCCAGUACUUCGCUUACGGAAUCCGUCACCGCGAGCAAAUACCCCGAAUACACUGAUUACCAAGCUCGUGUUGGACGGCUUAUCCCCCGUUUCUCUGCCAAACCAAGAUACAAAGGGGGCAACAAGAAAAAAAAGGUUCGCAAGGCGGAGACUGAGCAAUUGAAUACUACCGACCAGACGGUGGAGAAAGAGGGAAAGAAGCGCAAGUAA